UGGAAAUACAAGAGUCAGGGGAUCAAUAUAUAUAUAUAUAUUAGUUAUUAGUAGCAAACUAAUUGGGCCGGGGAUCCAUGGAUAAGCUUGCAUUAUUAGGUUUUGUGAUGAGUGUUUCUCUUGCUUAUUUUGCUAUUAUUGGGGUGGUGAAUGCUGAUGCAAUAUCAUCAUGCAGCCAAACCCCAUAUCCUGAAAUAUGUGAGUCCUUCAUUACUUCUAAACCUCUAGUCACCUUAGACGAAACCCAAUUCAAUUUCCGUGAGACUGCCCUUACUGUCACCCUGGACCAAGCUCAACGAGCCCAUGGGCUCAUUUCCGCCAUGGACUUGGGCUCCUUUGAUGACAAGUCCAAGAUGGCAUGGGCUGAUUGUGUGGAGCUUUAUGCUGACACAGUUAGCCAGCUAAACCGCUCCAUGGCGUCCAAGAAUCCUUUGAUCUGGUCUGAUGCUCAAACAUGGUUGAGUGCUGCUAUCACCAAUGAGCAGACGUGCCGAAAUGGGUUCAUCGAACUAAGCUCGUCUUCUCAACUGUCGUCCUUUCCCUUCAUGUUGACUAACUUAUCCAAGAUGGUUAGCAACUCGCUUGCUAUAAACAAGGCUGCAGCCUCUACGUCGUCGGCGUCGCUGUUUGGCAAGCAAGGUGCUAAUAAUCGCCGCUUGCUUUCCGAUGGAUUCCCGACAUGGGUCUCCGCCGCUGACAGGAAGCUUCUCCAGUCAUCUGGUGCAGCUUCGCAAGCUGAUGUCGUGGUGGCCGCCGAUGGGUCUGGGAAUUACAAGACCAUCUCGGAGGCGGUCGCUGCUUCAUCCAAGAGAAGUGGGUCGAGAUUUGUUAUAUACGUGAAGAGAGGUGUUUACAAAGAAAACGUUGAAAUUAAGGCAUCGAACAUCAUGUUGAUUGGAGACGGCAUCGACGCUACCAUUGUUACAGGCAGUAGGAAUGUCCAAGAUGGUUCCACCACCUUUCGAUCAGCAACAGUUGCGGUCACCGGUGGUGGUUUUAUUGCUCGAGAUAUGACAUUUGAAAACACAGCGGGGCCCCAGAAACACCAAGCAGUUGCUCUCCGCUCGGGUUCGGAUCUCUCAGUGUUCUACCGUUGUAGCCUUAAGGGUUACCAGGACACCUUAUACGUCUACUCUCAACGCCAAUUCUACCGCGACUGUGACAUCUACGGCACAGUUGAUUUCAUUUUUGGGGAUGCUGUUGCUGUCAUCCAGAACUGCAACAUCUAUGUUAGGAAGCCCAUGAGCGGGCAGAAGAACACCGUGACGGCUCAGGGACGGACAGACCCCAAUGAAAACACAGGCAUCUCCAUCCACAACUCCCGUGUCACUGCCGCUUCCGACCUGAGAGCUGUCCAGGGCUCAUUCAAGACAUACCUGGGUCGCCCAUGGCAGAAGUACUCAAGGACUGUCUUCAUGAAGACAUCUCUCGAUAGCUUGAUCGACCCAGCAGGGUGGCUUGAGUGGAGUGGCAGCUUUGCAUUAAGCACUUUGUACUACGGGGAGUACAUGAACACGGGUGCCGGUGCAAGCACCGGUGGGCGAGUAAAGUGGGCAGGGUACCAUGUCAUGAGUGCUGCAGAUGCCGGAAAGUUUACAGUCGGAAGUUUCUUGGGCGGAGGCUCUUGGAUUGGGUCUGCCGGAGUUCCCUUCACUUCCGGGCUGUGAAUUCACAAAGAUGCUGCAUGCAGCUGGCUUAUCUUUCAACUGUCAUAUAUAGGUAUUGGGUUUAGGAUCAUAGAUCUCAUGGCAGAUGAGAUAUGCAGCUAAAGAAGUUGUAAUAUAUAUAACUUGUGUGUGUUCAGUUCUCUUCCUUAUAUAAAUUAUGUAAAGCAUAGGUUACAGAUGGUUCCCUUGUUUGUAUUGAAUGGAGAAGAUGUAAUAAAUCAUUCUCAAGUCAAUAAAUUUUAGGGUAUUAUUCACAUA